UGUUGUCCUGUACGCCACUUUAUGCGCUCAAGCUUUUUAUGAACUCGCACUCAAUCUAGAUUGUAUUGUUUUUGUCGCCUGUCGGCGCUCUGUUGAGCUUUCAUGAGUUAACAGUCCAUUGUGCUUUCACGCUUCUAUGAUUCGUUUGUUAUUGAGUGUACACAUACUUACAUAUGAGUGUGCACAUUAUGGGGAAAUGCCUGUAUGACUAGCUCUUAUCCUGUUGUCGGCGUCGUACUCGUCGUCCUCGUUGUCCUCGUUGUCCUCGCUGUAGUCGUCGUCGUCGUAAUCAUCAUUUCGCUAGCGUCGGUCAGCGAUGGCUCACAAGUGUUUAGUUGGUUUUGAAACGUGGAACGGCGCUGUUGCAUACGCGGCAAAAUCGUCGUGGCGAUAAAACGAGGAAAAGCAGGCCGAUUUCGUGCGAAUAAAAAAGUCGUCGGAAAAGCAUGUAAUUGAAAAAAAAAAACGAAACCGAACAAAACAAAAACGAAAAAUACGACCGUGACGCGAAUGUGAGGAAGCAGCAGCAGCAGUAAAAAAGACACACGAGCACUUCGCGUAUUCGCCUGUUCGUUCAACCAAAAAUAGUCGUACAAUUGUACUGCUUUCGAAACGUUUAACCUAAUUAAUUGUAGUUAGAUAAUAUCUCUCAUUAAUGUGUAAUUUACGCGCGGAUAGCCAGAGACAUAAGCGUCCAAAGUUAUAUUCGCGACGCGUUGGCAGCAGAUUUGUGUAGUUUGAAGCUGUAAAUAAACGAUAAAAUGGCAGCUCGUAGAACUGUACAGAAAUAAGGAAGGAAACCGAAACGGAGCAACAAAAUAAAGUUGAAAGGAAAUGCAUUGAGAUAAGAGAAACAACGCUCCACCGUAGCAAUAAAACAGCGAGUCACUUAGACCGCCAACAACAACAAUGCACACAAACACAAAGAGAAGACAGAGCAGUUCUUAAGCUGUGUAGUCCAGUCAAGCAAUCCAGCAGCCGCAGUUAGUCAAGUCAGUCAGGCAGUCAGUUGGCAAGCGCAAGUCAUCAGUCAGCCAGCCGGAAGCGUCAGUCAAAAUAAUAGUCAGCCGACACGUCAGUGGUACACUUCAAAAGAUAUUGCAUGUGAGGCAUAUCGCUGGCUGGGCUCCGUUAACCGACGCCGACCGCCGUCAAGUGCUCCGUAUAGUGAGCGUGUGAGCUUACAGCGUAUUUCGCGUCAGUCCGAAAAUUCCAACACAACUACAAGGCAAUGAACUUGCUGAAGCAGCUACUUGACGGCUGUUACGUGUUGUGUGGCUUCAGUUUCUUGAUUUUCCUAUAUUUACCACUCAUGCUGGCGAUGCCGGAACAAACGCGUCUGGCGAAUGAUUUCGAUUAUCGUUUGCAGCGUGCGAAACAUGUGUUGCGCGAGACGCCGCUCAUUGAUGGACACAACGAUUUGGCAUGGAAUAUACGGAAAUUUUUGAAAAAUCGUCUGCAAGAUUUCCCAUUUGCCGGCGAUUUGCGUGAGGUGUUGCCAUGGUCGGCGAGCGCUUGGAGUCACACCGAUUUGCCGCGAUUGAAAGAGGGCAUGGUGUCGGCACAGUUUUGGUCGGCAUAUGUACCGUGCUCCUCCCAACAUAUGGACGCUGUACAAUUGACACUGGAACAAAUCGACUUAAUAAGACGUCUGGUGAACUUAUAUCCAAAUCAAAUGGCUUUCGUCACAGAUGCUUCAGGAAUUGAAGAGGUGCAUAAAAGUGGAAAAAUUGCCAGUCUGAUCGGGGUGGAGGGUGGCCAUUCGAUUGGCACCAGCCUCAGCGUUUUACGUAUGUUCUAUCAGUUGGGUGCGCGCUAUUUGACACUGACACACACCUGCAAUACGCCAUGGGCGGAUUGCUGUAAGGUUGACGAGCCGGGAAAAUAUCCACAUAUUGGGGGACUCUCCAAAUUCGGCAAGUUGGUGGUGCAUGAAAUGAAUCGACUGGGCAUGAUUGUCGACCUGUCCCACGUCUCGGUGCCCACAAUGUUGGACGCGUUGAGCACAUCGAAGGCGCCUGUGAUAUUCUCGCAUUCCUCCGCGCAUGCCAUAUGCAACAGUUCGCGUAAUGUGCCAGAUCAUGUCCUGCAGAAAAUUGCAGUCAACGGCGGUCUGGUGAUGGUCGCAUUCUAUCCACAUUUUCUUAGUUGCUCGACGCAGGCGACACUCGAUGAUGUUAUUGUGCAUAUAAAUCACAUACGUGAAGUUGCCGGUGUGGAUCAUGUCGGCAUUGGUGCGGGUUACGAUGGCGUUAAUCUUGUGCCCAAAGGACUGGAGGACGUUUCGAAGUAUCCACACCUAUUUGCGGCACUGCUCGCGUCUGAUAAAUGGACCGAGGCGGAUAUAGCGAAAGUGGCUGGAAAGAAUUUAAUACGCGUAUUCAAAGAAGUCGAAGCGGUGCGCGAUCGUAUGGAGCACAAAAAAGUUCCGCCUGUCGAUCAAACGAUACCACCCGAGGAUAUAAUGGGAAGAUCAUACUGCCGUUAUCAAGGACCACGAACGUGAUUACCCUCCUAAGAGCAAGUGAUAGAGCCAAAGCCAUAAAUAGUUGAAGCAUGAGAGAGUGCGGAAGUAAGAGAGAGUGUGAGAGUGGAAGUGGGAGUGCGAAUAAUGCGCCACAGCAAAAGAAGUAAUGAUUAAAUAAAUUACAAAAUUAAACACAUGUGUUGGCAACAAAUUGUAAAAUCAAACGAAUUUCAUAAAUUCGAUGUACUCGUAUUUCCUUCGCGGCGCACACAAACUUACAAAAUAACAACAAAAACAUAAAAUAAAAAAUUAAAUAAUUGUACGAAUAUUAAAUUACCAAUUAAAUAACUACAAAGUAUUAAUACGUUUACGCAUAAAAACCACAACAACAACAAAAUAGCAGAAAACUGCACAAAAAACAUAGAAACAAAAUGAAUAACGGUGAGCACAAAUUACAAAUUGUAGUUAUACUAUAAUAAGCGUGUAAGUAUAUGUUUGUAUAAACCAAAAAUAAACAAAAAAAUAAAAAUUAGAUUAAAAUAUUUUUCAAUAAAUCUUUAUCAAUGUAACGAAAUGUUAAAAAAUUAAUAUAUUACGAUUAAAAAUAAUAUUCAAUAUUUCUAUGUAAAUUACUUCUAAUACAUAUACAUAUACAUAUGUAUGUACAUAUAUUACACAUAAAUACCUAAGUAGCUUUGGCGAAAGCAGAUUAAAUGCAAAAAUAUUGCGAAUUUCUGAUUGGUGUUUGAUAAAUUUCCAAGUAAAUGUAAUUGAUUACAUAAAGGUGCACGGGUAUUUUUUUAAAUAUAACAUUUUUGACCUAAAAAUAUAAAUAUGUAUGUAUGUUAAUGCAAUGCAUCAAUAAUGACAGGAUAGUGUAAAUUAAAUGGAUGAAAUGCAAUUUUGAAUGGUUAGAAUAUAACGGUAAUAAAUUUACAUUGAACAUCACUAUAAAAAUUUGUGAAUUUAAUUUGUUUAAUAAUUUAGAAGAAAGCCAAUUAUUUUAUUUAAAUUUUUUGUUUAAUUAUUUGCUCGAUUAGAGAUAACACAGCCAAAUUAUCGAAAUCGAUUAUUGAAGAGCUGGCUAUGGUCGAUAAUGUACUGAAACGAGUCCCUGUAUAAAGCGAAUGAGAUAUACUUUUAUUUAAUGCAAUAUGGAGGCUUAAACAUCUGGCAUCUCAAAUAUUUAUUAAUUAUGAAGCACGUUUGGUGAUAAAUUUCGGUUAUUUUUUGAAAAAAAAAAAUAAAAACUCUAAGCAAUAAUUGUAUUUGGAUAAUAAAUUACAACUUUGCCUGACUCUGUAAUUGAAAAUAAUCUUUAUUUGUGGCUUAACUUUUAUUUAGACGAUUUUUUUUUAAUUGAUAAUUUUUGAAUUAUUUUCCAAUCUAUUUUAUAAUCGAUAAUUUGUGACAUUUAAACUGUAUAUAAAUACACAAUAUUUAUCGCUGUUACUUUAUUUACAUUUUAUUUGACUAAACAUAUAUUUACAUUCUUGUUUUUAAAUCGGAUAAUUUAAUUUAAGUAAAUGGUUUUUCAAUAGGGUAGCUACAAAGGUAGACCGUUAGGCACGGCAAACGAGGCCAUAGUUUUUUCCGCUCUUUUGACAUUUCUCUUCAGUAAGAUUUGUUAUUUCAUCUUUGAAAGAUAUACGAUCCAACAACUAGUCGAAACUAUUAAAAAUGUACUACCGAAAUUCGGAGUCAGUGGCAUCAGCUUUAAGAGCGCUACGUCCAAUUUAUGGUCGGCUCAUUUCUGGCUGAAUGGCUUCGUCAAUAAGCAAAAUAUGCGUUAUUAGUCAGCCAGAAAUCCACACGUACUCCAUUAGUCACCAUUGCAUCCCGAAAAAAAUAGGGUUUGAUGAGGAUUAUAGGCCAGCGGUACCGUACUUCUUCCGUGAUGAUCAAAUCCAGUUCGUUAUUGUGACUAUGAUAACCGAAUAUUUUUGGCCCGAAGUGGAUGAUAUGGACUUGGACAAUAUGUGGUUCCAGCAGGGCGGCAGCCAAAAGCCUCACAGCGAAUGUCAUUAUCGAUUUAUUUAAAAACAUGUUUGGUGAACGUGUUAUCUCACGAAAUACUUCAGUCCAUUGACCGCUUCGGUCAUGUGAUUUGACGCUGUUAGACUAUUUCCUCCGUCAAGUCUAUGGUCUAUGCCAACAAGCUAGCGACGAUUGAUCAACUUCGCACGAAUAUCGAACGUGAAAUUGCAGCAGUAUCGGCUGAUUUAUGCUAGAAAAAUGUCGAAAAUUGGGUUCGGCGUCUGGACUUCUGCCAGCGUGCCCAUGGUGACCAUGCAAAAGAAAUCAAGUUCCAUACAUAAUAACAGAAAUAAAGAAUUUCAGUGAUAUCCCAAAUUGUUAUUAUAUAUUGUUUUGUAGCGCUCUUAUUGAAAAACCUUUUAUAUAUGACAUUAUUUAAUACACUGUUUUCAAGAAAACUGAUUAUUUGGAAUUACGAAAAAAUACGAAAAAUAAAUUUCCGGUUUAUUAAAGAACUAAAGUCGGUAUAAAUAAUAUAUUUUUAUCGAUAAAUUCGAUAUACAUAUAUCAUAUUUGAAUAUCACAAAAUAGAUAUAAAUUUUUCGACACAUUUGAAAACCGCACAACUCGAUAAAUUUACUGAUAUUUUUAGUAUCAAAAAUCGAUAUACACGGAAAUGUGUUUUAAAAACAUCGAUAAACACCAAAGUUCACAAAUUCGUUUCGGCUUGAACAAGGUUAAUUUCAAUUUAAUCCUAUUAUCGACAAAUUUUCUGCAAAAAGUAAUGUUGAAAAUAUUAUGGAUAAAAAUGAAACCUUAAUAAAUUAAUUAAAUUAUGAAUUUUAUCAUCAGAAUCAUGAACUAUGCUUUCCUAUUUCCUCUUUUUUUCAUUUAUAUUGCAAAAUGCCAAUAAUGAUUUCUUCUGCAGCUUCAGUUACACACAUGCCACCCAAUCUCUACAUCUGUUUGAAUGUCAUAUAAUUUCUACGUUAUAUAAAACCGAAAAUGUACAUAUGUACAUACAUAUUCUAUAUAUUAUAUAUAUAUACAAAUACUUGUUUAAGCGACUGCUUGUUAAACUUUCACCUCAGCGUCAAUUAAUUUUUAUUGAUUUUCCGUAUUAUUUUCGGUUCAUAAUGAAACCAAAUGACAUUAUUUGGUGACACAUGCGGUUAGGUUUGUAUGUGUAUCCACAUAUAUGCUGUAUUGUAUAUACGAGUAUAUAUGUAUGUUAUAUACAUACACCAAAAAUGUGCCCACAUCUGUCAUUAAUAAACGGUAGCAAUUUCAUAAAUUAUUAUUUAUGUUAUUUUGUUACUGUAUUAUUGUUGUUGUUGUUAAUUUGACAAAUUAUACCGUUUCCACGUCUAUAAUUAUUGCACCCAACCAAAAUUAAUAAACUAAAUUUGCUGGAAAUAAAUUCAACCACAAAGACAAGCAGAUUAAACGCUAAUGCGCGUAUGUAUAUUUAAAAUACAUAUAUAUGUAUAUACAGAUAUGUAUGGAUGAUUAGUAAAUUAGCAUUUAAGGGUAAUUAGUAAUUAAUAAAAUAGAAAAUUGAAUUUAUCAAAAAAUUUGCGAUCACACUUAGACACAUAUGUAUAUGUGCAUAUUUAUAUGUCUGCAUAAAUAAAAAGUGAUAAAUAUGUAAUUAUAUAUGUAGUAAUAAAUAAUGUGUGAAUAUAAAUAUACAUAUAUGUACAGUUAAGCUCAAAUAGCUAAUAAAUAUAAACUCGAUGCCACAAUUACAUAUACAAAUGUAUAUAUAUAUAUAUAUAAAUAAAUAGUUAUUAAAUAUUACAUAAACACAUACAUAUGCACUAGUUAUUAUAGCUAUGUAAAUGCAUAUGUACAUAUAUACAUAUAUGUGAAAAGGAUUACAGGACUACUUAAACGAAAGCUAUGUAUUUACUUUAAUAUUUAACUAAAUAAUUAACAAUUAAACACAAACACACAAACAACAAACAACUGCUUACACUCAUACAAACAUACAUAUUUAUAUAUUUAUAUAUGUAUACAUAUAUAUUUUUAUGUUCCAUUCCGAUCACUUUAAUUAUACCAUUAAAAUUGCAUUUUGCAUUUACCAGACCAUAUUCUCUCGAUUUCUUCAGGGUUAUACACAUAGCAUUUUAACACUUUGAGCCCCGCGUGCCCACCCGUAGUCAUUUUUUUUCUGCACCGUUGGACCGCAUGCUGACGAAGGGUUGUGCUUUAGUUGACAAGCUGGGACCAAAAUUUGUUUAAUUAGUUUUAUUGAUUUUUUGCGAUUGAGGUGACUUUGUGAUAUUUAUUUUUGAUAAACCAAAUCCAUUUGUGUUGUUUUUUUCCUGUUUUUUUUUUUGUGACCACCGGUGGUCACGAUGUCCCAUAAUGAAAAUCCACCAAUGUUCACGGGUGGUCACAUUCCCCCAAAUCGUCAAAACAUAAAUGUCCACCGGUGGGGCACGCGGGGCUCAAAGUGUUAAGUGCUUUAUCGAAACCAGCGAUCUAUAUACAUACCUCGUUUUGGAACACCCAUGGUCGAUCAUAGCCAACGUAAUGGUUUUUCCUUGCUAUUGCUUUUUGAUCUAAAUUCCGCCGAACUCUAGAACAAACAAAUAUUUCUUUCAUUCUUCUGUUCACAUUGGAACACCUAAGCUUUACAGAGCCUGUCCCUACUUGGAUAGAUAACGGAGUUCGUACCUUCCCAAUCUCUGUCUAGAUCUGUCUUAUCAGUAAGACGUUAAGGGGUUACAUGGGUUUUGUCGGGUAAAAAAAAGCAAUUUUCAAUAUUUUUUUCUAUGUAAAAAAUUAUUUAUUUAAUUCAAACUUUAUUCUGUCUUAUAGUCUUACAUAUUGAAAGAAAAAUUUCUGAAAUUUUCGGAAAAAAAUUAAACUCCUGACAAGAUCACCUAAUAUAAACAAAAAUCAAUGUUUCAGUUAAGACCAUAAUCUCGUGCUUGAACGAAAGAAAGAUUGGAAUUUUGGCAGGCAUGUUUCAAAAAUAAUAAAAAGUUUCGGUAAAAUUUUCUUGACAUUUUGCAUUAAAGAGUUGUAAUUGAAAAAAAUCCUUCGACGUAGUAAAUUGUAUCACGAACACCUGUGAAAAAUUUCAUCGAGAUCGAUUGAGAAGUUAUCGAGAACAUUUGACAACCGACUUUGAAAACACGGUUCCGAGAAAAACGCGUUUAAAGUUUUGAUUAACAAUAAUACCUGACUUGGAGUGCACACCUUCCAAAGGCUGUAUCGCCGAAACUAUUAUUCGGAUCGACUUGAAACUUUAGGAUAAUAUUUUUGAGAUGUUGUAGAAAUUAAUAAGCAAAAUCGAUAAUCGUAUUGUAAUGAAAAAUUUUGAAAGUGCUCCAGACCGACCCAGAAUAUCAUUUUUAAAUUACAUAUUUUCUAUAAUUAAAAGAUUGACUUGCCUUUUGAAUUUAAAAAGAAAGACCCAUAUGAAAAUUCAAAGGCAUAUUGGUAUCUCCAGUUAAAUGUGGUACAUCGGAAAUUGUAAUUUAUUACACGUGUAAUCAAGAAGUAACCAUAGAUGGGUAUAGGUAAUUGUAAACAUAAAUUCUUAAUAAGUGUAAUCCCAAAUUAUCAUUGGAAUUAUAAUUGUAUUGGAUUUCUUCUACAAAAUUUGUGGUUGUUCAUUAAUACGAGAUUUUUAUUUCUUUUUUAUUUAUUUAUUUUUUCAUAUGCGUACGUUUGUUUGUGACUGUUGAGUUCCGUUUCCGCCUUCUCACUCCCACUCCAGCUUUUGCUGUAUCUAUCUUAAUUUGCAUAUCAAACGUUAACAGACCUCAAGCAUUAAAUGGUAGUUGUUGGCAUGCCAUAAUAAAAUUGUUUAUUUCGACAGUAGAUCAAAGGAUAGGAAAUUGCAUAUUUAUGCGCAUAUCACUCUUUUAAAUACCCACAUCUGUUUGUAUACCCUAGUCAUGUAUGGAUUAGUGUGUGCCUAUGCAAUGCAGUUCAGCUUGCUCUGGUCUAGCAUUUAUUUAUUUUGAACUUUUAUUAUUUUUCGAGUAGGUCUCGAAAUAUCUACACUAUUCCAGCAAGAAUUGUGAAAAAUGUUAGCAAUUUUUGUUAUUUACCUACAACUAUUGCAAUUUACUUGUCUUUGUGUGGCCCGUUAUUGAAGUGCAAUGUUUUCCCAUUCGUAGGUGUUUUUGUUCGUUUCAGUUAGUUUUGUAAAAAUUUAUUGAAUUUCACUGAAGCAGAGCGUAGUGCAGCGAGGUGGAACCCCAAAAAAAUUUUGAAAUUGAGAAUUUUGGUAAAAUUCUAUAUUGUUUUAUUCAUGAUAUUCCUUAUCGAAUUCACAGAAUUAUGCGCCAAUUUAGAAUGCCAUCGUAUUUGGCAAUCAUAGGACUCUCGAGUUUAGAUUUAAACACCUUUUGCCACUCUACAUUACAUUGAAGCUUUAAAAUUUGUAUUAGAUCUUCUUUUAAUUGUAAUAUCAUUGAAUCCAUUCUCAUCAAAAUCAAAAUUCGUAAAUUUACUAUUCGGAGUAAUUAUUUGAUCUAGUUAGAAAAAUGUGCCUUCUUUGAUCUUCUCUUACCGAAGAGUUUACAAGUGAAUCAACAAAAUAUUUCCAUUGGUUUGAGGCAUGUGGUUACCUCAAUGAAGUUUUUUAACUGGUUGCUAAACUAUCACUAUUUGUUGUAUACCAUUUGUUUGUUCGAUUCGCACUAUCCAAGUUCAAUCGUUGCGUUACUAGUUAUUCUAUGCGGUAAUUAUUAUAUUUUUGUUUUAAAUAUUCAACAAUGAUAUACAAUGUAUCAAAACCAGCAAAAAAACCUUUCACUUUGAAAAAUAAUUGUAUAGAUUUCACCUAAGAAAUACAUAUAUCGGCAAUCGUUUAGGAGUGGAUUAAGAGUCCUCGUUUCAAAACUAUAAUUAGCUCGACAGUGCUACGAGUAUAAAAUCUAGUCAAAACCUGUACUGACAUCUGCUUUUAUUAACACUGCUGUCCAAAUCCAGUUUAAUCUAGAGCAGUGGUGGUUCAGAGCCCCGAUUGGAGCCAAUACGUCAAUAUAUACCUAGUCAAAAGACUAAUACUUUAUUUUAGGUUGUCUGUAUUUCGCUUCACGAGUUUAGCCAGAAUAUUUUAAUUCCGUAUUCUACAUUGAAUUUCAACUCUAAGAUUGCAUUGAAUUCGCCAGUGACAAAGUAAUUUAAAUGUCUUAAGCUCACAUUAGUAAAUUUUUCAGUAAACAAUCCAUUUAUGACUUGAAAUAUGCAUAUUAUUCUAUUUGACAAAAUUCCAUUUAAAAUAAAUAAUUUCUUAAAGAUGCAUAUCCUUGCAUGCAUUGUUACUGUUCGAUUUGUGAGAGAAUCUGUAGAAUUCCUUUGUUGUUAAUUCAUAGUUAUUUAAGUAAUAUAGCAACAGAAUUAUUGUUUUUUGUUUUCAUCCGUACUCUGUAAGAAAUAUAAGCACAUUUGUUUCGAUUCUUUAGGUAAAUCUCGAACUAAGGUCGCGAAUUUGAUAUUUUUUAUGCAAUCACAGUUACUAUAAUACUUUACUGCAUUUGAGAGUAGUUUAAAAAGUGACGAAUCGAAUAUAUUUUAUAAAAUAGAUAGCCUAUCGGAUAGCAUUACAUAUGUCACCUUUAUAAUAAUUUGACGCCUAACUUAUGGUUAACUGGCAAGCUUCUGCAAAAUCGUGGGUUCUAUAUGGUCUAAUGGUUUUUAUUAUUAUAGAAUUUUGUAUCGGUCCACAUAUAUUUAACAGCUUAAAGUCAGUUUGAUUUGUUACCGUCAUUAAAGAUAUUUGUUUAUGAAAUUCGAUCGAACCUUGUUAGAACCUUGUUGUGUUCGACUUACGACCUGCUAGUUAGUUCGAAAUAUAAAUCGUAUACGAUUGUGGAUAGUUUUAAUUUUGCUAAAAUGAAAGUGUUCUGUUUAUCGAAGUAAUUUGGAGAGAUAAAAGACAAAUAAACGUUUUAUUUACUGACUCUGUCUGACCAAUAGUUGAAGAUACUUUGAACAUUAUUAUUGGAAGACAUAUUCUCUCCAUUCGAAUACUUUAGGGUGUCGUAUUAACGGUUUCACUGCUUGUGCAAACAUAUAAUUCGUAAUUUUUAUAGUUUUUAUUGGCUUCAGAGACUAUGAAAUGUUAGACUAUAUUUCUUAAACUAUAGGAGCUAUAUGUUCUAUGGAACUAUCUUCAAAUUUUUGAAGGAUCAAAAACAUUUAUUCACUGACAGUUAUCUGUACAUGUUUCAAAAAUGUCACUACAUUAUAUACACUUUCUUUUAAAAUUUUAUACUUUCUUUGAGCUUAACAUUUCCUACAGGGUACUUCGUUUCCAAUUUAGAUUUCAAUUCAUUUAAAUGAAUCAAAUUUCAACAAAUAAUUUAUGCUUGCAAUGAUGAUUCAUUGAUCUGGCAGCAUGACAGAGCUGUCUAUUUACUAGCAAUCAUACACACACACAUCAAAUCAUAUUCCAACAGUUGUUUGUGCAACAGACAUCACCUAAUUCCCGCCAAAUUGUAUAGAAAUGUAUGUAUUCGAUCAAUUGAAGUCAUAAAAUAAAAAUUGAGAAUUUACCAAAAAAAAAAAGUAACAAAAAUAAAAGAAAACUCUAAAAAUAAAUAAAUCUAAAUAUUAUUAAGAGGAAUAGUUUACAAUUGCGAAAUGCAGACAAAAAGCAUAAAAUAAAUAAAUGAAAAAUUAAAAUUAUUAUAGAAUUCGAAAAAUAUCUUAGUUAAAUAUUUAGUAUUUUUGAGUACUAAGCGAAAUAAAUUAUUGUACAUAUAAACCUAUUAAACAUAAAUAAGCGUACAUACAUACACAGUGAAUACUGUUAUACAAAUUUAUCGAAAUACACAGUGUAAUGUGUAAUGUAUGGAAAAAUUAAAUAUUUAUGAGAAAGUUUGAAAUAAACGAAAAUG